AUGUUGAUACCCGCGUUCCAGCUGCACCUGCAGGAACGAGUGCAGCGGGGCCUUGCAACCAUUGGGCGUUUCGACGCGCAGCAUGCCAGCCUGGCGGGCGCGACACACGCCGGCAAGGUGUUCGUGCACAGCCCGCACGACCCCAGCGGCCAGCGGCUGGCGCUGCUGAACAUCAACAAGCAGAUCACAGCGCUGGUGGCAGGCGCCAUCCUGCCAAGCAGCACGCGGGACGUUCUGUUGAUCGGAUCCCCCAACACCCUGCAGUGCUACGACAUCGAGAGAAACAGAGACCUCUUCUUCAAAGAUAUCUCCGAAGGCGUGAGCUGCGUCGUGGCCGGCAGCUAUGGCAGCUACACCCGGCCCCUCGCCAUCGUGGGCGGCAACUGCUCGGUGCAGGGGUUUGACUCUGAUGGCAACGACGUGUUCUGGAGCGUCACCGGUGACGUGGUGUCCGCGCUGGCGCUGGCCGACAUCGACGGGGACGGCCGCAACGAGCUGCUGGUCGGCUGCGACGACUUUGAGAUCCGAAUAUUCAAAGACGAGGACCUGAUCUUGCAGAUCACAGAGGCAGAUCAGAUCACCGGCCUCGCGCACCUGGGCGGCCCCCGCUUCGCGUACGCGCUGCGCAACGGCACGAUCGGCGUGUACGACGGCACCACGCGGCUUUGGCGCGUGAAGAGCAAGCACAGCGUGGCGGGCAUCCUCGCGUUUGACCUGGAUGGGGAUGGGCAGCCGGAGCUCGUCAGCGGCUGGUCAAACGGCAGGGUCGAGGCCCGGCACGCUGUGACGGGCGAGGUGGUGCACCGCGACUCGCUGGGGGCGGCGGUGGCGGCGCUGCUGCGGGGCGACCUGCGGGGCCUGGGGUCUGAGGAGCUGGUGGCUGUGGGGACGCAGGGGGAGGUGCGCGGCUAUGCGACACAGUCUGACGAGCUGCAUGUUGACGCGGGGGACAUAUCCAUGCAGCAGCGCGCGCUGGUUGACCUGGCGCAGAAAAAGCAGAGGGUGGGCCGCAGCCUGAGGAAGGAUCAGAAAAGCAGCGGCGGCGGCGGCGGCAGCAGGAGCAGCGGCGGCGGCGGCAGCAGCAGCGGCAGCAGCAGCAGCAGCAGCACCGGCGGCAGCAGCUUGUCCCUGCUGCAAAGUCGCCUCACGGCAUCUGAAGCGCCAAGCAUCUGCCGAGCAGCCGCCGGCACGGCUGCAAUACUGCGCCGAGGCCCCCACGCGCCGCUGCACGAGCUCAUGCACGAGCUGGCGGGCUACCUGUCGGCUGGCCCCGACCCCGGCGGUGGCGGCGGCGCGGGCGGCGGCGCGGCGGCUGCGGCGGCGGCCGCGCUGCCGCCGGACACGCGCGUCGACAGCGCGAUCACCAUAAACAAGGCCAGCCUCGUGUGCGAGCUGACGCUCAGCACGACCAAUGACUCGGUCAUCAAGGCCGCCAUGAUCUUUGGGGAGCAGGUGUUUGAGGGGGAGUCACUGCUGUCGGUGCCCGCGGAGCCAGAGCGGACGCUGACCGUGCCGCUGGCGCCGGCGCGGGACGCGCCCGUCGUGCUCAUGAUCAAGGCGCUCGUUGGCACCAAGGGCAGCAGCUGGUUCCAUGUGUUUGAAAUCGAAAUGGAGAUGCCAAAAUAUGCGAUGUAUGCAGCAGUCGAGGGCAGCGGCAACAGCAGCGGCAGCUAUGGCGCGACCGGCACCGGCGUCAGCGUGGGUGCGGGCCCGGGCGCGGCGCUGCACAGCGGCGGCGGCGGCAGCGCUGCGGCGGCGGCGGCGGCGGCAGCGGCAGCCAAGCUUGGGAGUCGGCAGCUGGGGUCAGCGAAGGGCGGCUGCUGGCAGACCGCAGGCGAUCAGCGCCGCCCCCGCGAGCAGCGGCCGCACUAG